CUAGGAAUUGUCUUGGCCCUCAACAAGUCAACUCAAGCCUCCCAAUACACCAUGGCGGGCUUUCUACGAGGAAAGCAAGCAGGUAUCCAAAAUGAUCUUUCGGCCGGUAUUCUGCCAGGCCUGUUCGCUCCCGACGACCAGGCGAGAUUUGGUAUCAACUCGCAGAUUGGAGCAUUAGCAUACGACCCUGUCCAGUCCCUCCUUGCAAUAGGAACAAAUGAAACCACCUUUGGCAGCGGUCAAAUCUAUGUCUUCGGGCAAAAACGAAUUCAAGUCAUCUUCACACUACCCCGCCGAGCUUCCAUAAAAUCUCUACACUUCUGCUCCGACCGACUCAUCAGUCUCGGCUCGAAGAAUGAAAUCAUAGUAUGGGACCUCAAGGAUGGCAAGAGAUUGGCCAGCUAUUCACCCCCAGGCGUGGCCACGACGUUGGUGACCGACCCAAUGCUGGAUUGGGCUUUCAUAGGGCUACAAAGUGGGGAUGUUAUUAUGUAUGAUCUGGAUAGGGAGAAAACAGCGCCGCUACGGCUGCCCAACUUCUGGCGGCAGCGAAACCCAAGAUCAAGAAUGUUGGCAGUUGUCUCUAUGCAAUUACAUCCUCGAGACAUCGGACAAUUACUCAUUGGCUAUAAUGAAGGAGUUGUUAUAUACUCCUUUAAGGAGAAUCAACCCCUCAAAUUCUUCGAAUACGAAGUGCCUGUUGGUGCACCAGGAGGUAACGCAGAUCCUUUAUCUGCUCAGACUGCUCGAAGACCCCGUUUGACACAGGUCUUUUGGCACCCAACUGGGACUUUCAUUGGGGCGGCAUAUGAUGAUGCAACUUUGGUAUUCUGGGAUCCGAAGGAUGGUCGUAUUGUGAUGGCCCGGACCUUGACGGAUACGCAUGUCGACAAACCUGGCACUAAAUCCGAGAGCUUUGGUAACACCCCUGGAACGUUCGCUCUGAAGGAACCAUUUGCCAAGGUAGCUUGGUGCUGUAAGAACAACCCAGACGAUACUGGCAUUCUAGUGGCCGGAGGGGUUCCAACGACACUUCCUCAGAAGGGCAUGAGCUUCCUCGACUUAGGCCCUACUCCCGUUUAUGCAACAUCAUCUUGGUCGGUCCUCACGGACUAUUUCGAGAUCAAGAAGCAGCAUCUCCUCCCGACUCCUCCGGGUGCAGAAGUUGUGGAUUUCUGUCUCAUUCCACGGGCUUCACCUCAUUUUGCUGGAGCUCAAGACCCAAUUGCUAUACUCGCACUCCUUACCUCGGGAGAGCUUGUCACUUUGUCGUUCCCCAGCGGCCACCCUAUCUCUCCCACCAACCAAUUACACCCCUCGGUCUCAUUUGUACAUCCUUUCGUGAUAAAAGCUUCCGCGUCUGCGAUUGAGAGAGGACGAUGGCUUGGCAUGACAGAAAACAGACAACAGGGACCUAAACUACUUCGUGGCGGGAUUGAAGGUCCGAAACAUCUGCGGAGAUAUGAGGCUCGAAAUGUCAUUCAAACGGCCCAUGGAGAUGGAACAGUUCGUAUCUGGGAUGCUGGCCACCUAGAUGAGAUCGAAAACAGCGCCGUCUUACAAGUUGACGUAGCAAGGGCCGUCGACCGUUUCGAUGAUGUCAAUAUUACAGCUGUGAGCAUGGGUGGCGUUGGGGAAUUAGGUGUUGGAACGUCCGCUGGUGAGGUCGUGAUAUACCGUUGGGGCGGGAAUAAAUUAUUCGGGAGAGAGGCACCGCAACCUACACAAGUCAACAAGGGCGGAAUUACUGACAUAUCCUCACGUUCGGAACCUGCUCUGAAAGAAGGUUUGCAACCUUACGUGCUUUAUGAUAUGGCCCAGGGGCCUAUUAGUGCGGUCAAGGUCUCAGAUGUGGGGUUUGUUGGAAUCGGGUCCGAGAAGGGGUUAUUUUCCUUAAUCGACCUUCGAGGGCCAGCUGUGAUAUUUAGUGCAUCGACGAGCGACUUUAUCAAACACGAAAAACGCAGCAGCUUCCUCAAAAAGGGAAGCAGUAGCGCAUCGGGGGGAGCGGAUUGGCCUGUUGUCAUUGAAUUUGGUGUCAUGACCUUGGAAGGCGAUGAAUACUCCAGUAUCGCAUGUUUCGUUGGGACAAACUUGGGCAAAGUUGCCACUUUCAAGAUUCUCCCUCAGGCAAAUGGCGGUUAUACAGCUCAGUUCGCUGGUGCCACUUCCCUUGCAGACAAGAUUAUCUCGAUCACCCCUAUCGUCGCCAGUACGGGCAAAGUAGCUGCCGCAACAGGUGAGAGUAUAGGUGCACUUCGCACUGGACGUCAGACCCAUGGCGCUCUUGUAGUUGUGACUCAGACGGAGGCUCGAAUUUUCAAACCUGCAACCGCCAAAGGGGCUCAUAAAGAAUGGGACAACGUUUUCUGUGAUUCUGCUGAAGUUACAGAAUGUGAAACUCGCGGGUUUGCACUCGUUGGUGUAUUCAGUGACGGAACGGUGCGAGCGUACUCGAUCCCAGCUCUCAAAGAAAUCGGCGUAAGUAAGCUUCUCGUGCUUGAUAAAACCAGAACAACAAACGCGAUUGUCACACGCUCUGGUGGUGUACUUGGCUGGACCGGCCCCUCGGAAAUCGCCAUGUUUAAUGUCUGGGGUGCCGGACAAUCACUUCCCAAGUCUCCGGACACACUCUUCAAUCCAGAAGCUGUGAUCCCUCCUCGACCUACGAUAUCCAAUCUUCAAUGGAUUUCAGGGACACAGUAUGUGAGUCCUACAGAUCUCGAUAUUCUCAUCGGUGGUCCGGAUAGACCCCCGAGUAAGCGCAUGCUGGCUGCGGCUGCGGAAGAGGAACGUCUAGCACGAGCUGCAGGACCAGGCUAUAUGCCCGGAACGCGGUCGACCGAAGGAUGGGGAUCAUACAUGACGAGACAGUUGAACGAGAGGACGCAGAGGCUGAAUCUUAUGGGGGAUAGCAUGGAUAACUUGCAGGAGAAUAGCGAGGGGUGGGCGGACGAGGUCAGUAAAUUCGUAUCGAAACAGAAGAGAAGCCUGAUCCUUGGCUCGAUCACCGGAAAAUUCCUUUGAG